AUCCACUUAAUUAUUAAAACUGUCAAAGAGAAAAUAACCAUACUGAAAGAAAAAAAAUUGAUUUUUUCUUCACACACUGUCAUUGGUGUAAAAGUGUUUAAAGUGUUUAUAAAUUGAGUGGCAAAACAAAGAAAAGUGCACAAAAUGAUUUGAGUUUAUAUAGGAAAGGUGGAAAAUUUACAAAAAUAAUCAUGAAUACCACGGAUUGUGAGAAAAUUGAGUGUAAAUUUGGCAAAGAAUAUCAGUUUGAGGCAAAAUUUGACGAAGGCUUUGAUGAACAAAAGGAUGAUGUCCUAUCAGCAGCAACAGAGGGCAGAGAAGGGUCAACAAAGAGGAAUUGUGAUGAUGACGACGACACAUUCAUGGCUAUCAAAGAAGAAGACCUCGAAAUGAAUACUGAUACAUUGGAAAAUUUAAUUGUGGAGAGUAACAGCUGUUGUGAGGAGAAUUUCAGAGAAAAUGAGGAGCCAACCUCAGAGGACUUUGCAAAUUUCUCACAAAUGGCAAUCGCCACUGUUGAUGGGGAAACACAAUCCUCAACAAAUAAUCAGACAACAAAUUCCACCUCUUCCUCCACUGUUGUAGUACUCUCACCGCCACCUACCCAAACACACGAGACCAAAGCAGCGGGUUUGGAUGCUACCUCAUUGGAAUUCUCAGCAGGUGACUUUGAUGAUGCUUUGCAACCCUUAAGUGAACGUUGGUCACCUUUAGGUGCCAACUACGAUGAUGCGGUUACACCUUCAUCGGAACUCUUAAGCCCCGAGUCGGAAUUGGAGCUAUUAAGUCAAUCCGACAUUAGUCAGGAUAAACAUGAAUUCUCACAAACUGCCGGCGAUGAUGUAGAAAUUGGUCGUCUAAAAUCUCUGGAAGAGGAACAGGAAAUGCUCACCUCCUCCCUUAUGGCCCUAACUUCGCACUUUGCCCAUGUCCAAUUGCGAGUCAGACAAAUAGUGGAAGCCCCUCCCCACGAAAGAGAUCAGCUAUUAAAAGAUCUCGAAGAAUUUGCCUUUCAGGGCAUACCUGAACCCAAUUCUUCCAAUCUUAGAGACACAACCCAAAGUCGCAGUGACUCUUCUUUGCAGAAUCACACAGAAGGCGACAGCCAAGGACCCCACCUUAAUAAACAACAAUUUGAAUUAAUCGAUCAGUUGAAGAGUCAACUUACAGAACUCGAAAAAAUUGCCUAUGAAUCUGGAGCUCCGGUUCUGCCACAACAUAUCCUUUUGGAAAAGCAAAAAAUCAUCAUAGAUGAACUCAAAAGUAAACUCAAUUUUAAAGUAGAUGAACAAAAAUUACCCGAACUUACAGCCGAAGAACUGAAAUGCCAAGUGGACAAUGCCAUCGGUGAAUUUGUGGGUCCGCUGAAAAUGAAAGAACAACUGGUGGCACAAUUGAAGACACAAAUAACCGACUUGGAACGUUUUAUAGCCUUUCUACAAUGCGAUACGGAUGAGAGUAAACUGAAGACACUUACCGGGGGUGGGGAAAAACUUUCCGAGGCCUAUAACAGCUAUUCGGCAAAGAAGAAAAAGGAAUCCCUUAAACCCAAAGAGUCCCCACCAAAGGUGACCGCAGCCAAUGGUGACUCCAAUAUUGAGGCGAUCGAUCCAGCGUCGGCGGGGACCCGUGAAAGUCUACAUCAUAAGGCACACAGUCUGAUGGACAAGGCUUCGAUCUUAAUGCAAAUGUUUGCCACAACGCAUUUUGGUGCCAAACCAGAAGAAUUCCAAAAGAAUACGCUAAAGAAGACCAACAAAGGAAAUCAUUGGGGAGACUUACGUGCCCAACUAGAGGUGGAUAUCCAGGAAGUCGCUUCAUUGGCAGCUACACUUAGUUUUGAUCGUGAGAAACUAGCCAAAUUAAGGAAAUCGAUGAAAAAAGCCAAACCCCAGGCACCAGAGACAACAGCUGCUCCCACAGCAACCACAUCUGCCCACAAUGGUGUUCUAACCACAAUGCCUCCAACGAGAACACGAAAUCGUGCCAAGGCAACGAUAAAUCAACAGCAUCAUCAACUCAAACCCUAUCAAGUUUCAUCCGAUUCGGAUGAUGAUGAGGACGAUUUGGAGGACUACUACAAUUGGCAACAACAAAACAAUCGCCGCAUAGUUCAUUGUGCUCGCAUACGUGGCGACUCCAUAAACACUCUGAGCAAAGAGCUGACAACUGCUGUGCGAAAAAAUUUCGCCAUGACUUUGUUGAAGUUAAUACAGCAUGGUCUGAGGGUGGAGUCCACACCGCCCGUAACAUCAAGUCUAAUAGUACCUUUUAUGCGAUGCCUUAAUCCGUCCCCGGUUUUUAUGGCCGAAAAUAAUUUUCGUGCACGUGAUUAUGAUGCUGCUUCAUUUAUGACCUCUUCAUCGGCCUUUGGUUACGAUGAUGUCGAAAGCAUGGAGUCCAGUGCAAAUUGGCCUGAUACUGGAAGUGAGGGUAAAGUUGGAGGCUUUUUCACAUCCGGCAGCACAAGGCCCAUGCAUGGCUGGGAGUUGAUAUUGGAAUAUUACUACUUGAAACAUGGCGAUGAGUACAACAAUACACCGGCACGAAAACUCUCACAGAGUUUCAAUUUGGACAUUGUAAACUCGCAAGCGGUGACGGCCAAACAAAAUCUACUCAGCACAGUGGGCAGCAUUAUAGCCAUGCAUCGUCCCUACAAGAGGAGCUAUAAUGCCCAUUUCAAAGCCUUUGUAUGUGCUGGCCUAAAUUCCCAUCAACUGGUGGAAUGGCUUAAUUUAGUAUUCAGCUGCAACGAUUUGGUGGACAAUUAUUAUGUGGCCAACAGUUAUGUGGCAUGCACAGGCUUUCGUGAUGCUUUACGUUCCAUAGAUGCCCUGAAUAAGUAUGAUUACGAUUUGCCAGUGGAUUUGGCUGUGCGCCAUUUCCGCAAUCUUUAAAUGUGGCCAUGUGGUUAACCAAUUAUGAGCCAGAGAACAUAGAACACCCUAUACAUAUAACAAAACUAGUGUGCAAUAUUAAAGGAAAAAAAAACACAAAACACGAACUUAUCGCUCCCAUUCAAUGUUUAGGACUAAAUAUUUAAUGCAAUUUUGAUUCCAAUAUAAUAAUAAUCCAAACUAGCAAAAACCCAAAACAAAAACACCCAUAGCAUAAUGAACAUAAUAUACAUAAAUGUAGGUAGGUUUAUAUGUAAUAAUUAUUACAUAUACCUAUACUACUUGUCUAAUAGUCUAGAAGUUUGUAAGCAUAAGUUUGUCUCUAUUUUCUUUUUUUUAAUUAUUAUAAAUGUAUAUCAUUAUGGAAACAGGAGUUGAUUGUCCUUUUUUCUGUUUCAAGCUUGUGAAAAUGCGAAGUUUAAAAAAAAUAUUUCUGAAAAUGAGGCUUAAAUUAUGCUUAUAAACCUAUAUAGUGGCACCAAAAUGUAUUUAGUAUCUUAUAUGAAUAGUACCAUGGUCAUAUUAAAAUUUAAAUUUUAAGGGCAGUAUGCACCUCUGACGAAAUUUUUUUUGCCAUUCAAAAUGCAUUGACAUAUCCUAAGCGAAAUUUUCGUUACCGGUACCGUUACCGAAAAUGUCGCUUACAGGUACGCAGCUCAAAUGAAAUUUUCUUUGAGUAACAGGGUGACACAAUAGACAUUGGUGAAUUUUUUCAUGCAACUACGAAUGAAAAUGUAUAUUUUAAUAGCUCCAUGCAACAUAAUAUAGAGUUAUUUUCAUUAAAACGAUUAGUACAGCACAUAUAUACCAAAAAUUAUUAAAAUUCGGCCAAAAUUAUAAAUCGAUGUUUAUCGCCAUCUAGUAUUCUACACAACCUUUUUUCAGUGGCGACAUAAAUGUCUUGGCUGCAACCAAAAAAUGUCGCUAGAGGUGCAUACUCAGCUUUAACAGCAAAUUCUUAUUUUGAACUUCGUCGUAAAGCGCAGUAUGCACCUCUGGCGAAAUUUUCGUUACCAUAAGAAUUGCAUUGACAAAUCCUAAACGAAAUUUUCGUUACCGGUACCGUUACCGUAAAUUUCGCUUGUAGGUACACAGCUUAAAUGAAAUUUUCUUUGAGCAACAGGGUGACAUUAUAGGCAUCGGUGAAUUUUCUCUUGCAACUACGAAUGAAAAUUUAUGUUUUAAUAGCUCCAUGCAACAUGAAAUAAAGUUUUUGCAAAUAAAAUUGUUUAAUUUCAGUACA